AGUGUUUUGAAAUUGCUCAAAAAUCUGAUAUUUGAUAAUCUUAUUUUUGUCAGUAUGGCUCAAGAGGAAAAGAAUAGUGUACAUCUGGAUGAAGUGCUAGCCCAGUUCGGAGCGUACGGUCGCUAUCAAAUACGGAUGAUCCUGCUCCUUGGUUUCGCAUUCUUCAAUAAUGGAAUACACAGCAUCAAUUAUGUGUUUAUAGCUGAAGAAGUGCCGUAUAGAUGUAAAAUAGAGCAAUGCGAGUCGGCGAACAAAGUUUUUAAUACUUCGUGGUACAAUUUCGCGACACCGAGCGACUAUCGAAGUUGUUAUAAAUACGGGUCGACGGGCGACGAGUGCUCCUCGUCUAGUUUCACGUCUGUAGUCGAACCUUGCUUGGAAUGGAUCUACAAAAGCGACGACAGUUUCGUGGCUGAGUUUGGACUAGCGUGUGAGGAUUGGAAACGGACCUUUGUUGGAACUGUCCACAGUAUCGGUUUGAUGCUCGGUCUCUUCUUACAAGGGCAACUUUCUGAUAGACUUGGACGAAGGGCGGCUAUCAUCAUCUUUGGCAUUACUUGUGCUGUUUUAGGAGUAGGAAAAAGUUUUGCAAGUUCAUACUUAUCGUAUAUUACUCUUGAAUUUUUUGAAGCAUUUAUCGGUGAAAACUAUUCCCCAGCAUUUAUAAUGAGUAUAGAAUUAGUUCAUAGUGAUUUUAGAUUGAAUCAACAAAUUAUUUACAGUGUGAUAUUUGCACUGGGUGGUGUAGUUUUCCCAAUAACCGCUUAUUACAUACCAUAUUGGAGAACUUUAACACAAGUACUGUAUGCACCAUCUAUAGUAUUUAUUUUCUACGUCUUCAUCAUGGACGAAAGCGUGCGAUGGUUACUGAGCAAAGGAAAAAAGAAAGAGGCCAUUAAAAUAUUGUUAAAAAUUGCCGAAAAAAAUAAAGUGUCAAUAAAAGAGGAAAUAAUCGUUAACAUAAAGUGUGAAGAAAACAAUACUCGGAGUUCACCCUUGCGGGACACCUUAAGGUCGAAGCUAGUUCUGAAGAGAUUUUUAGUAUGUUUGGUAUGGUGGAGCUCUUGCACGUUUAUUUGCUAUGGACUUGCCGUAAAUGUGGUAUCACUAGCCGGGAACAAGUACCUGAAUUUUGCUAUAAUGGCGGUGUCCGAUGUUCCCGCAUGUAUGGUCAUGGUCUAUACACUCAAAAGAUUCAACAGGAAAAAACCUUUGUUGAUAUCGUUCACGUCCGUAGGAUUAUUCUGCUUAUUACGAUCCCUCGUGUCCAAAGAGUACGCGUUUAUAUCAACCAGUUUGUUCUUCCUUGGCAAGUUUCUAUCAACGUUUACUUUUGCGACGGUGUAUAUCUAUACAUCAGAGCUGUUCCCGACGUACUCUCGCAACUCCAUGCUUUCGCUGUGCUCAGCGAUUGGACGAAUUGGAUCUGUGUUGGCGCCUAUGACACCAUUAUUAAUUCAAUACGGCGAGAGUAUUCCUACUCUUGUGAUCGGUACUGUAUCACUUCUGGCUGGGUCGACCACACUGCUAGUUCCUGACGUGGCCAACGAACCUCUACCGGACAACGUGCAGCAGGCUGAGAACCUUGGCACUGUAAAGAUACACGAUAAUAUGGAUAUGGGAUAAUAAGAGAGAAAUGUCGGGAGCUGGCCAGGAACCAUUUGUAUAAGACAUAAGAUACCAGAUAUAAGACAGGAGUUGGGAAGAGCCGCUCGUCAAUGUGUGCCUCUUCUGAACACACAUAGAAAAUAUGCACAAAUUGCUAUACUAUCUACGCGCACGUGUGUGAGUAUUUAGCGGAAUUGCUUAUUUGCUGUGCAGUGUGCUCAGUGGAUCUACAAUAGUGAACUUCUUUUCGUAUAACAGCGUUGAAACGUUUAGAAUAUGCCUUAAAAAUAAACUAUUCUGAACUCAUAAUUUUUUAAAUUGGCAACUAACAAAAACGAUUUGUUUCAUGAUUCGGACAGC